AUCUACGUGUGAAGAGGCUUGUCACAUCAACACCUCCUCCUCCUCCUUCUCCUCCUCCUCCUCCUUCUUCACACUCGCGACUUCUCUGCACCACCUUCAUGUCUCGUCACACAGAUACAUAGGCUCUUCCCUCUCCGUCCAGCGGUCACCUCACCAAGACGCUCAGCUGACUCGCACCUUGACUGGCGCUUGUCCCCGCUACUCGAGCCAUCGCCCGUCAUUCAGCGGCUACUCUGCCUCAGCACUCAUCCUUUAGGUGCCGCACGCCCGCAGCUCCACCCAGCGCUUUUCCUUCCCCUCUCGCAGUUAGGUCGGUGCAGCGCGACAGUGUGCGCCAUGCCUAGACCUAAGCGAUCAGUUGCGAACAGCGCAGCUUCCGCUCCUGUGACGACGACGACGAAGACAACCCCUCCUCGUCAAGUCAAACCUGGCUCCUUACCACCCACCCCACCGGCAUCGGAGAUGAAGCAGAUGCUCGACACGGCAUCCAGCAGCGCAAGCACGGGGCGCCGCGGCGCAUCACGCGCAUCCAGGGGCAAGGCGGUGAAGGAGGAGGUGGAGCAAGUGGAGCAAGCGGCUGAGAGGCAGACGACGGGCAAAGACGGCGACAGCGCCGCACCUUCGUCGCCUAGCAAGCAGACGCAAUCGGAGAAGAAGCUGAAUCUGUUGAGGAACUCGUUGGACACUGGUCCCUUUCCUAAUCACGUGGCCCCAACGUCGGAGCAGGCUUGGGAGGUGGCCCACGUGCUCAGAGAGUGGCACGGAUACAAGGACAUUCCACGCAAGACCACAAAUAUGCACAGGGAGGACAAGUUUGGUGGUUGCGGCAACGUUCCAAAUGUGCUGGACGCCCUGAUCAGAACGGUCAUGUCGUGCAACACAAGCAGCAAGAACAGCACAGCAGCUCACAAGGCCAUGUGCGAAGCUUAUGGCAGCAAAAACUUUCAAGCGCUAUUGGAUGCUCCCCACGCUCAGUUGGCAGAAGUGAUACGCUGCGGUGGAUUGCAUGACAGAAAAGCUAGGAUCAUCCAAGGGAUACUUCGACGCACCUCGGAACUGCACGGUGUACUCUCGCUGGAUCAUUUACACUCUGCUCCUGCUCGACAAGUCAUGGAGGAGCUGGUCGCUUUUGACGGCGUUGGUCCAAAGGUCGCAAGCUGCUGCAGUGCCUUUUGCAUCGGCAACGACGAGAUGGCCGUCGAUACGCACGUAUACAGGCUUUCCAAAGCGCUUGGGUGGGUGCCUGACAAGGCCACUCGAGAUCAGACUUAUUUUCAUCUCGCGGAACGUCUACCUUCCGAGCUCAAGUACGGUCUGCACGUCUUGCUCAUCAGACACGGCAAGAGCUGCGCCAACUGCAGCGCAAAGGGCUUUGCGACGGAUCAGAGGGCGCGGCGACAAGAUUCGGAGGAUGCUGACGAGACGGGCGCUAGGGAUGACAGCAAAACCAACGUUGCCAUCAAGAAAGAGGAAAGCGGCACACAAGAGCUUGCCAUCAAAGCAGAGACCGAAGAUGCAGGCGGGGUAGAUGAGCAAAGGGACGCGAAAGAACAAGUGCGAGAAGUCAAGGAAGAAGCAGACAAGGAACACAAGGCUCCAGCUGCUCUGCAAUCCGAUGUGUGCCCACUGAAAGCUGCUGGACUGCUUGGCAAAGGCAAGAGCCGCGUCAAGAAGAGCCAAGCUUCUCCACCAGCUGAAACGCAUGCAUCUCCGGGCACUGCUGACGCGACAGGCAAGCGCAGAGGCAGGCCAAAGAAGGAGAGUGCGCCGGAGGACUCUACACCGGCAAGACGCUCAAAAAGACAAAGGGUCUGAAUGUUGCCAUUGAAGCCUACCGUCUCGAUGCUCGCAAUGCGACACAUUUUGCUACCUGGUGAUGGUCACUCGGAAGCCUUUGAAAUAGACUGCUUGCGGCCGAGGCGUGGCCCAUUCGCUAGCGCGCAGAGAAGGAGGGGUUGUUGUCAGUCAGGAGAAUUGUGCCGCGUUCGUAUCCAGAAGCAAUCCAACUCACUCUCCGUGACCACCAAAGAAGCUGUGCGGGAGAGGCGAGUCAAUACGAACUGCGACGGCGCGGAUGAUGUUCGCAGCAGCGGAUCGAACGACCUUAUAUCCAAAGGUGCCACUCACGUAGAAAAGAAUAGACCCUUGUGCGCAGCGGGAAAAGCGACUCGAUCGAAAUGCAGCACCUGACGACCAUUACUG